AUGGACGCACCACUUCCAAGCUUCUUCAGAGUCAUCCUUCCUUCCAUGCUCGAGAAAAAGAAGCUGGUAACUUCCCAAGCCCUUCUCAGCACUUCUUCAAACAUCAGUGUAAAGAAUCGUGAUCACACUUGCUUGCUCUUGCCAAUUUCGCAGAAGCUGCCCCUGAAGUUCGUCAAAAUGCACGGGUCCGAACUCUCGUCGACGGCUGCACUUACCUUACCAAACGGCCAGGUGUGGAACGUCGGCGUGGAGAAGGCGACGAGCGACGACAAAGAGGAGAUCUGGUUGGGAGACGGUUGGGGUGAGUUUGUGGCGCACCACUCCAUUUUCGCAGGAUUCUUUGUGGUGUUUGAGUACCAGCUGGGCCGAUCUGCCUUCGCCGUCAGCAUCUUCGACUUCACCACUUGCUCAAUCGAGUAUCCGAAGUCCGAGCAGCUCGAUGAGGAACAGACGGGUUCCCCUCAUUGCAUCGUCAUUUCCUCCUCCGACGAAGAAGAUGAAGGAGAUUGCGAACCCAUCACAAGAAACAAGCUCCGACCCAGAAGGCGGCAACCCUCCGAUCUCAUCAUGACCCCUGAGAUGGAGAAAACGCUGGAGUGUCUCGAAGCAAGCGGGAUUGCGACGAGAGGGCGGUUCCACCUCAUGUUACCCAAGGUUUACAGAAAGUGCAAGAAGGGGAUCGAGGAAGCAAUUGCAUGCAAGCCCGAAGACCGUCCUUGCUUCAUAGCCGUGCUGACCUCUAAUCAGAUACGUGGGAGCACCAGGACCACAAUACCAACUUGGUUUGGGAGAGAGCAUAAGAUUGAGAGAGGAUGCAAAAGGAGUGGGAUUCUGGUGGUGUGCAAUGGUGAAAAGGCAGGUGAGCAGUGGCGCGUGGACUUGGCAAGGAGCGCGUUAAGGGAAGAGGUGUUUAUGGGGAAAGGAUGGGGAAGGUUCAUGGAAGACAACAGUUUGGGAGAGGGAGAUGUGUGCCUCUUCCAGCUGGUCUCUUCCGAGGAUCCGGUGAAGAUGGACGUGUCCAUCUUUACAGCCCAGCCCAGUGACUUAACAGAAUAG